GUCCCAGUCUCGGCCACGAGGGUAAGCAGCAGUCUCUUACCCCGAGCCGCCGGUCUCUCGUACCCGUCCAGUAUCGGAGCUGCGUGCAUUGUACCGGUCCGGAGCAGCCUGACAGCGGCCAGCAUGUCUGCAGAGAUCCUCAGCGGAAAAACAGUCUCCGGACUAGUCAGAGACCGACUGAAGAAUGAAGUUGGCGCCAUGAAGGAAAAGUACUCCAGCUUUAGCCCCGGACUGGCCAUCCUGCAGGUGGGGGACAGGGACGAUUCCAACCUGUACAUCAGCGUGAAGCUGAAAGCCGCUGCCGAGAUCGGGAUCCACGCCAGCCACAUCAAGCUGCCAAAGGCUGCCACGGAAACCGAGAUUCUGAACAAAAUAAAGUCGAUCAAUGAGGAUCCAACGUUCCACGGAUUGAUUGUUCAGUUGCCCCUAGAUUCCGACCACGCCAUCAACACGGAAAAAGUCACCAACGCCGUGUCGCCCAGCAAAGACGUGGAUGGGUUGACCAGUAUAAAUGCCGGGAAGCUGGCCAGGGGAGAUCUGGACGAUUGUUUUAUUCCUUGUACCCCAAAGGGAUGCUUGAACCUUAUCAGACAAACAGGGGUUCAGAUCGCAGGUAAAAAAGCUGUGGUUAUCGGGCGCAGUAAGAUAGUCGGGGCUCCGAUGCACGACCUCCUCCUGUGGAACCACGCAACGGUGACCACGUGCCACUCCAAGACGGCCACUCUGGCAGAUGAGGUGAGCAAAGCAGACAUUCUGGUGGUUGGAGCGGGUAAACCAGAGAUGGUGAAAGGGGAUUGGAUAAAGCCGGGAGCCAUCGUGAUCGAUUGUGGCAUUAAUUAUGUCCCAGACGCCACCAAACCAUCCGGGAAAAGCAUUGUCGGGGAUGUCGCGUACAAAGAAGCUACAGAGAGAGCGUCCCACAUCACCCCGGUGCCAGGUGGAGUGGGGCCGAUGACAGUCGCCAUGCUCAUGGAGAAUACGGUGGAGAGCGCAAAACGCUACCUCGAGAAAUAUCGUCCCAACAAAUGGAAUAUCGAGUAUAACCCCCUCCAGCUCCGGACCCCAGUUCCCAGCGACAUCGAGAUCUCCCGGUCCUGUAUCCCGAAACCCAUCGGAAAGAUCGCGGAAGAGAUCGGGUUGCUGUCCGACGAGGUGGAGCUGUACGGCCAGACGAAAGCCAAAGUCCUGCUGUCCACCAUCAGACGUCUGCAGGGGCAGCAGGACGGGAAAUACGUCGUCGUGACCGGAAUUACCCCUACCCCGCUGGGCGAAGGUAAAAGCACCACUACCAUCGGCCUGGUGCAGGCUCUGGGCGCUCAUCUCAACCUCAACGUGUUUGCCUGCGUCCGGCAGCCGUCCCAGGGGCCGACGUUUGGAAUCAAAGGGGGCGCCGCGGGGGGCGGAUACUCUCAGGUCAUCCCCAUGGAAGAGUUUAAUCUCCAUCUUACGGGUGACAUCCACGCCAUCACGGCCGCUAACAACCUCGUAGCCGCUGCUAUCGACGCUCGCAUUUUCCACGAGCUGACGCAGUCUGACAAGGCUCUUUAUAACCGCCUGGUUCCAUCGAGCAACGGAGUCCGGAAAUUUUCAGACAUCCAGAUAAGAAGACUAAAGAGACUGGGCAUCGAGAAAACAGACCCCACGACCUUAACCGAGGACGAAAUCAACAAGUUCGUGAGACUGGAUAUCGAUCCGGACACCAUCACAUGGCAGAGGGUGCUCGAUACAAAUGACCGCUUCUUAAGAAAGAUCACGAUUGGUCAGUCCCCGACGGAGAAGGGCUUCUCGCGCACGACGCAGUUUGACAUCGCCGUAGCGAGUGAAAUCAUGGCGGUUCUGGCGCUCACCGAUGGGCUGGACGAUAUGCGGCAACGCUUGGGGAAAAUGGUGGUAGCCUCCAGCAAGAAAGGAGAGCCAAUCAGCACGGAGGAUUUGGGAGUGAGCGGCGCGUUGGCCGUCCUGAUGAAGGAUGCCGUCAAACCCAACCUGAUGCAGACCCUGGAAGGGACUCCUGUGUUCGUACACGCCGGGCCUUUUGCCAACAUCGCUCAUGGCAACUCGUCAAUCUUGGCCGAUAAGAUCGCUCUGAAGCUGGUUGGCCCAGAAGGAUUUGUCGUGACCGAGGCGGGCUUUGGGGCUGACAUCGGAAUGGAGAAGUUUUUUGACAUCAAGUGCAGGUACUCCGGUCUCCGUCCUCAUGUCGUUGUCCUGGUGGCUACAGUAAGAGCUCUGAAGAUGCAUGGCGGAGGUCCAACCGUAACCGCCGGCGUGCCCUUACCAAGAGAAUACACCGCAGAGAAUUUGGAGCUGCUGGAGAAAGGCUGCAGCAACCUCAACAAACAGAUCCAGAACGCCACGACGUUCGGGGUUCCCGUGGUGGUGGCUGUUAAUGCUUUCAAAACAGACACCGAGGCCGAGCUCGAACUCGUCUGCCGCCUGGCAAGAGAGGCCGGAGCCUUCGACGCCGUGAAAUGCUCUCACUGGGCGGAAGGUGGGAAGGGGGCCGUGGAUCUGGCCCACGCGGUGCAGAGGGCGUCCCACGAACCGAGUGAAUUUAAGUUCCUCUACGACGUGGAGCUGCCAAUCGCUGACAAGAUCCGAAUUAUCGCCCAGAAAAUCUACGGCGCCGACGACAUCGAGCUACUCCCCGAAGCUCAGAAGAAGGUUGAAGUGUACACCCAGCAGGGCUUCGCGGAUCUCCCCAUCUGCAUGGCCAAGACUCACCUCUCCUUAUCUCACAACCCGGAGCUGAAGGGCGUCCCCAAAGGCUUUGUCCUCCCCAUCAGAGAUAUUCGGGCGAGCGUCGGCGCCGGCUUUUUGUAUCCUCUAGUAGGAACGAUGAGCACCAUGCCCGGAUUACCCACGAGGCCCUGCUUCUACGACAUCGACUUGGACCCCAUCACCGAGCAAGUGAACGGAUUGUUCUGAAGCCGCCUGCAGCCUCGCGGGAUCUCGUGACGAAGCGGGACGAUCCGUCCGCCGCCCUCUUGACCGAUAUUCCGUGGCAUCUUUUAUUUAGGGAAUUAGGAGCCGGUUUUAAAUGUAUUUUUUUGUUUGUUUUACGAAAGUCUGAUCUCAGAUUAAAGAAACGUCUAAUUUUA